GCACGAUGUGGAAAACUCUUUAUUUACUCAACUCACUAGUGCUCACCAGUGACAAUGUCCUUUCGACAGCCCACUCGCAGUUCGGAUUUGAACCGAAAGUUGUUGGUGGAACAAGCACGACGAUCGACAAGCACCCCUACCAGCUGUCACUGAGGAAGCUCGACGCCCACUACUGCGGGGCCACCCUAAUCGCGCCCAAAAUCGCCCUCACAGCUGCUCACUGCCUUUACAACACCCGACCGGAGAUAAUUACGGUACGUGGAGGUAGCUCGUACCACAAGAGAGGCGGGCAAGUUCUGCAGGUGGCGAAAAUUUGCUCCCACCCCAAGUACUCUGCGAACUCCAGCGACUAUGACGUCUCCGUUCUGUUACUUUACGAAACAUUUUCGCCUAAAUGGAAAAUUAGGGCGAUACCUGCACAGGUCAGAGGUCGAGACGUAGCGGUAGGACGCAUGGGGAUGGUGGCCGGGUGGGGGCAGCUCUCGUUCAACGGCCCUAUGCCCGAUGAGAUCAACGUGGUGCGUUUGCCGCGAAUCCACCACGAUGAUUGCGCCAGAUAUUACCCGGAGGAGAGCGUAACCGACCGAAUGGUGUGCUACGGGUACCAAGAGGGAGGCAAGGACGUCUGCUACGGCGACUCGGGUGGUGCGAUCAUGGUCGGGGGGAGGCUAAGCGGAAUUUCCUCGUGGGGCUACGGAUGCGGUUUUCCUAGACGACCGAAUGUAUUCACGAAAGUUUCCAAUCCGGAAAUCAACGACUUUAUUACUAAGUUUUUAAAUGACCUGUCACUCUUUGACCACUGUUAAUUAGCCAAUACACGCACAUUUCUCUUUAAUCCAGGGUAGGUAGUGGGAGAUUCUGGUGUAUA